AGGACUAUGUCUUCGAAGCGUAAGAACACGCCCACCAAACUACCAAAGGAAGACGUGGUGAAGAAUCACUCCGCUCUGGGAUUAGACGACGCCCCGUGCUCCCCGGGCAACUCUGACACGGAGGUGGACAACGAGGAGGCGGACAUCCACUCCGACCACAGCAACGACAACUUCCACGACGACCGAGUGGAUGACGACACGGAGGUCGAGGACUUGACCACGGCAGACGUGGAUAUCGACGCCAAGGACCGCGAGACGGACACCGAGACGAGGGCCGCAUUCUCCCAGGACGGCCCAGAGUCCGGCUCCGAAUCAGAGGCCGCGGAUCUCAAGCUGUCGUCGUUGCUGAACUCGCCGACGAAAUCUUCCUCCUUAUCGUCGACGUCGAUCCUGGGAUCCUCGGGUCUGUUCAACUCGCAGAAACGUUCGAUGGAGAACGUCCUCCGGCGGCUCAACUCCAAGGCAUCGGAUGCCACGGUUGACACGCCCUUGACCUCCGAAAGCCCAAAGGUCAUGGACACUGUCCAGGCCGUGCUGGCCGGGGAGGCCACUCUGAGCGAGAAGGAGCGACAGAUUAGCGAAAUGAUCAACCACCUUCAGAACAUUCGGGAAAACCUGAGCAAACAGAAGGAUCAGGUAUGUUACUGUUCUUUAUAUUAG